GCCUACGCCGGCGCAGGCUAUUAUAAAGUUAGACAGCUGGUCUGUUACAAAAUUUCCUCACCCGAACGUUUAAACCACACAAAGACCCCCGUAACUCAGCCAAAUAUUCUCGAUUUGGCUCUGUUCCCUUCACUCACGUUCCAGUUGAUCUGGCAAGGACUCGCGAAGACUUGCCCAUAAUGUAUCCGACCUGACCAUUGUCCAGUGGCGGUGUCAGUAGUGUCCGGAAUGUUAACUGGUCAGUGAUCUAAACCCUUGUCAAUCUGGAAAUAUGGAUUUGGGAUGAUGUGCUUCACUAUUGUUUUCAGUCGACUAGUAACAGUAUUACUUCUCCUCGUCUACCCCAGUCACUGCCAAGACGGACGCAUUUUCGAGUGUACAGACGAAAAUGUUAACGACAGCAAGAAAACCUUACACGUGCGGUGCUCAGAUGACAAGGUGAUCCGGAUUAAUGAAGCUAUAUACGGUUUAAACCAGCUCAAGUACUGUAUGUACACUGUUGGUGAUUGUAUAGAGAACAUCGACUUAGACGACGAAUGCUGUGGACGUCAAGAGUGUGACGUCACCAUAUGGAGGGUGUUCUCUGCCAAGUGUGGACACUACGUCUCAUUCUUUAGACUUAUAUACGAUUGUAUUCCAGCCUAUAAAUCGGACUGUGUGGUAUACGUCGAUCCGGGUGACCUUGGUACAGACCCACUACAGACGGAUACAUUACCCAACACCACACAGACUAACAUGCAUCCCUCUGUAACGGCGUACACUGAUCCCUCACGCCCAAAGAAAGAAGUGACGCUCCCAGAAAACGAAGACAGAGAAGAUCUCACCAUCAUCAUUGGAUCCGCUGCUCUGGUCGCGCUAUUGCUCGCAGCCAUACUAACUGUCAUCUUUAUGCUGAGAAAAUAUCAAUGGCAAAGCGAAAAACAGUGUUUCCUAUCCAUGUUUGUUGGAAUGUGCACACGGCAACCCCCAGAUGGAUGCGAGGACCCGGAUGACACUAUACAACAAAUGUCGCAUCCAGGUCAUUCUAUGUCGGUAGACCCUGCUACAAUUGACAGAGAGGCUAACAACAACCAGGAUAAUGAGAACAUUCCGCAAACAGUGUUAACUUUAGAAAGUGAUGCACCAGAUGACAUUCAAAAUAAAGAAAAUACACCGGAAGUGACGCAAGAUUUUACUCCACAAAGCAAACGAAAGCGGAAACGAAACGAACCAAGUCCAGAUAUUAAAAUAGCGUAUGAUUCAACGCUCAGAGAAUCACCUGUAUUAGAUGAGCACAUGUCCCUCUACAAUCGGAACAUAUUAUUCAGUAACAAGUCGAGUGAUAAAAAAGUCGUAGUAAAAGACAAAGAAAAUACGCGACAUCUUAAACAAGCUAUAAUUCAAAAGGCAAAGAUUAACCACCCACCGCCCUCCCCUGGUCUCACUGAGGAAACUGGGACGACUGCGGUGUAGAUUUCUUACCGUCUUACUAUCUAAUGCGUAAUUGUAUCAUUUGAAUGCAAAAAAGUAGAAAGAAUAUAUCGAUUUCCACAUGAGUGAAUGUGGCUUGCCAUUUAACUGAGGCGAUAUUUAUUAAAUUAGAUUUUUUGUACGAAUUUCUUCGCAAGGUGACAAAAUCUUAUUUUAACAUUGUUUACACUUACUAUUACCAAUGUAGAAACAAAUCAUCAAUAAUGAAUUGUAGUAUACAGCAAAUUAUAGUCAUUUGGUAUUCUUGGUAUUCAAUGUUCACAAUUUUAUAAUACAAUGAUAUAGUGUAUAUCUAUAAGCACGUUAAAAGAAGACACAUAUUAUCCAAAUUAUCAUUCAUUAACAUUCAUACUGUCGAUAUUCAGUUCUCAUAUUCAUUAUGUACACAUACUCAUUGUACAUACUUCAUUGUCAAAUAGAGUGGGGUACGUAAUUUCGUAAUCUAAAUACAUUUCCAUCAAAUUAAUUUCAAAUCGAGAAAGAAUAUUAUACUAAUAUGUUAUUAGUUAUUCUUUAGUGGGUUUGUAUUCAGUUUUGAUUAUAAUCUGAUCAAAUGAUAUUUUUCCUAAAUAUUUGCAAAUUCACAUCCAAAUCAACAACUGGGAUUAUUUUGAAUAAAAUAUAUAAUCAUUCGGUAUCCAUUUUAUCGGAAAGAGAGUCGUAUCAGUUAAAUUUCAGAACGAACUUAAUCUGAAAAGAGGUAUUUAGAAUGGCAAACGUUCCACUAAAGUUUGGCAUUAGUCAACAUAUAAACAAAAAGCACAGUCCUCGACCACUUGGAGGGAAAACGCAAACUAUCAUCAGGUGUGCGAAUUUACGUACUGUGCGAAAUUACGUACCCUUGCUCUAUACAUGUAUAUAUUAAUUACCAUAUAUAUUCAUUUUCAUUAAAUUCAUGGAAUAAUUCAUUCUUGUAAAUAUCAUUAUGUUCAAUAUGUAUAUUCAAUCAUAAAGUGGUAUACACAAUUUUGUAUGAAUUAAUAAGGAAAACUAUACUUGCAUUGUAACUUUCAUCAUCUGUAUUCUUUCUUUUCUUAACGCAGUGUUAUCUGCUCUUGUGAGCAGGCAUUGGUUGUUACGUGAUUUGAUUGCGAGAGUAACGUCAUAGGUGUUGGAGAAAACGACGCAAUUUCUUUGCGAAAACCAAUGACGUAGCAAGAGCAGAUAACUCUGUAUUACGAAAAGACGAAAUACCUCAUCCUUAUUUACAUGGUUUACUAAGAUAUUGUCUAGUUUUACUAUAUUCAUACAAAAAUGAAUUUAAGGAUGUAUAACAUUCAUUAUUUGAGCAAAAUUUUUGAAAUAUAUUAAUAUAAAAUGAUAUUUAGUGUAUUCACAGCAACUGAACAGCCAUAUAUCUUAAUUAUCAAAAGUUGUAUCUGUAAGACAUUUAACAAUUAUAUACCGUAUUCAUUUAACCAAAAACUGUCGCAUGUAUGUGUAUCAUAGGCAUACAACGCACAAAUGCACACGAAUUCCUCUGCCAUACCAUGUACCCAAACACUUAUGAUAUAUUAUAUCGUUAUACGCAUAUUCUAUUGAUUCUUCGUGCGUCAUUGUAUUACACAUUAUAUCCAACUAUAUCAUGAUUCACAUAUCUGUUUAAUAUAUCCAUUCAGCGCAUGCAAUCUUAUUCCUGCACCAUACCCAUAUAUCCAUCUAUAGCAUGUAUAUUUCUAUUACAUUCAUUUGACUCACAUCAUACCAUGUAUUAACGUAUACAACUAUAGCAUGUAUGCAUAAAAUUAUAUUGAAGUCAUCUAGCUCACACCAACCUAUCGCAUUCCUGUAUCAUACCGUAUUUCCAACUAUAACAUGUAUACAUAUAUUACAUUCAUUUAACGCACAUCGUACCUUGUAUUAACGUAUCCAACUAUAGCAUGUAUGCAUAUAUAAAGUCAUUCAUCGCCUACCAGUCUAUAGCAUUUCUGUAUCAUACCCGUAAUUCCAACUAUAGCAUGUAUAAUUAUAUUAGUCAUUUAGCGCACGCCAUUCUAUCGCAUUCCUGUACCAUACCCAUAUAUCCAUCUAUAGCAUGUGAUUUAUAUUACAUUCAUUUAACGCACAUCAUACCAUGUAUUAACGUAUCCAACUAUAGCAUGUAUAUUUAUAUUACAGUCACUUAGCGCACACCAUUCUAUAGCAUUUCUGUACCAUACCCAUAUAUCCAACUAUAACAUGUAUACAUAUAUUACAUUCAUUUAACGCAAAACAUACCUUGUAUUAACGUAUCCAACUAUAGCAUGUAUACAUAUCUAAAGUCAUUCAGCGCCUACCAGUCUAUAGUAUUCAUAUAUCAUAUCCAUAUAUCCAACUAUAGCAUGUAUAUUUAUAUUGGUCAUUUAGCGCACACCAUUCUAUUGUAUUCCUGUACCUUACCCAUAUAUCCAUCUAUAACACGUAUACAAAUAUUACAUUCAUUUAACGCACAUCAUACCUUGUAUUAACGUAUCCAACUAUAGAAUGUAUGCACAUAUUAAAGUCAUUUAACGCACACCAUUCUAUAGCAUUCCUGUACCAUACCCAUACAUCCAACUAUAGCAUGGAUAUCUAUAUUACAGUCAUCUAGCGCCUACCAGUCUAUCGCAUUCCGUUGCCAUACCCAUAUAUCUAACUAUAGCAUGUAUAUAUUUAUUUCAUUCAUUCCAGUACUAUACUCAUUUGUCCAAAUGCAUCAUAUUAAUUUGUUUAUCAUAUUAAUUCAUUGCAGGACAUACACUCCUGUUCGUCACACUUCUGUCCAAAUAUCAUGCAUGUGCCCUUGUUAGUCAUCCAGAGUUAAUAUUUCACUCGUGUAGUCAUAUCAUAUACAUGUUUAUGUAACUGUUGUCCACAAAAUACAAAUCAUAUUCUAUAUCCAUAUAUCGAGCUAACAUGUACUGCUUAUCAUAUUCAUUCGGGGAAAAAAUACACUCAUAUUCCACUUUUAUACUUGAAGAUGAAUAUGAAUCUAAUUGUAUAAUUAUAUUGCAUUUAUAUUCAUUCCGCAUAUUAUGUAUUACAUUCAUUAUACACGUGCAGUCAAAUUUUCUUUACGUCCUUAUUCCACUACAUCACAUUCCUGCCACAUUCAUUCUGUGCAUGUUACAUUCAAAUAUUGGAUAAACACAAUUCAUUUCACGAUAUAAUACAUAAACAUCACAAUGCUUUUGCUUCAAUCUGCUCAUCUAUACCUAUACAUUCUAUAAGCACGGAUUAUAUAAAUGUGUAAAUACGCUAUUUUCUUCAACCAGCAUAAUCAUUGUUUUAUUUGUCAUGUAUAGAGUUCUAUUAUAUAUAUCAAUUGAGGGCAUUUUUUUCAAUAGGAAUAUAGCACGGAGUUUAAAUGCAAAUUUAAACAUGCGAGAUUUUGAAAUUAUUCAUACAUAUAAGUCUAUUCGACCUCCAGAACUUAUUUCUAUGGUACCACACGUCUUGCAUAGUUGCAAAUGUACUUACUGAUUUCACAUAUUUAUCAUAUUAGAGCAUAUAAUCUGAUGCUAUUAUCUUAUAUACUAUUUAAUUAGUUUAUACCUAUCUGUCACAUGAAUGAAUGUGACAUUUAGUAGUCCUGUCUCCCCUGUUGAAUCAGCUGGUGCUCAAUGUUUGUAUUUGUUUAUGCCUCUUCACGGAUCAUACUAAAUCUGUCUUUAUUUAUUCAUUUUUAUUUACACUCAAUAUAAUCAUAUACAAUAUUCCUCAUAUUCUGCAUAUCAUGUAUAUAUCUCAAAAUAUACUUACAUGACAUCAGGUCAUUCAUGUAUGUACGAAUCACAUGGUUACAGCCCAUACCAAAGGCUUCAGGGAAACGCAAUUGUAUUCAGCGCAUGUAGAUUGCUCAACAGAAAUGCGAAUAAGAAAUUCAUUGGAGAUCUUUUAUUUAUCCCGUGAUUAUUAUUUGUUUUAUAAUUUUAAUCAAUAGAAGAUAAAUGAUAUCAGGGAAUUAAAUGUUCCUAUGUCAGCACAACAUCAAGAGCAUAAUAGUAUCUCAUCAAAGCUGCAACUCUAAAACUCAAAAUCGAUGAACCAUAGGAAUAUCAUGAUGUCACCAGAUAUAAAAAUGACACUUCCUUUUUCAAAUCAAUUUGUUGGUGUCAGUGUUACUACAUUGUAGAUGAUAUGCUCAUAUCGACUUAAUCAAAGUGCUCUUGCAGUGAAAUAAAGUACUUAUUCAGGUUACAAUU